GCGCCUCAGCCUGGGCCUGGGCCGGGCUCUGGGCGAGGAGGAGGCGGCGGCGGGGCUGGCGGCGCUGGGGAGAGCCCCCCAAGUUCCGAGGGGCCAUGUGGAGGCUCCUCUGGCUGCUCCUGGGCUCGGCGGAGUGCCAACUGCUGCCUUGGAAUAACUUUACAAAUGAAUGCAAUAUUCCUGGAAACUUCAUGUGUAGUAAUGGACGUUGUAUCCCAGGUGCAUGGCAGUGUGAUGGGCUACCAGACUGCUUUGACGAAAGUGACGAGAAGGAAUGCCCAAAAGCCAAAUCGAAAUGUGGCUCCACCUUCUUUCCCUGUGCAAGUGGAAUUCACUGUAUCAUUGGCCGCUUCCGAUGCAAUGGUUUUGAGGACUGUCCAGAUGGCAGUGAUGAAGAAAACUGUACAGCAAAUCCCUUGUUGUGCUCUACUGACCGGUUUCACUGUAGGAAUGGCCUGUGCAUUGAUAAGAGCUUUAUGUGUGACAAUCAAAACAACUGCCGGGACAACAGUGAUGAAGAAAGUUGUGGAAACUCUCAAGAUGCUGACAGCAACCAGAAUUAUGUGACCACAGAGCCUCAACUGAUCUUCUAUCCCAGCAUCACCUACGCAAUCAUUGGCAGCUCGGCAAUUUUUGUGCUGGUAGUGGCCCUCCUUGCUCUGGUUCUGCACCAUCAGCGGAAGCGCAACAAUCUCAUGACGCUUCCAGUGCAUCGGCUGCAGCACCCUGUCCUCCUGUCUCGGCUGGUUGUCCUCGAUCAUCCACAUCAAUGCAGCGUCACCUACAAUGUCAACAACGGGGUCCAGUACAUGUCCAAUCAGCCCUACCACAGACCACCACCAGACAUAGACUCCCCACCAUCUUAUUCAGAAGCUGUACUAGACCAAAGCAGACCUCCAUGGUUUGAUCUUCCCCCACCUCCUUAUUCUUCAGAUACAGACUCCCAAAGUCAUAUAGACCUACCUCCUUAUCGCUCUCGAAGUGGGAGUGUGGCAAGUACAGGUGAUGCAGUGGCAAGGAGUCCCGUGACUUUGAAUGGUACUCCAACAAGAAACACUGUCACAAGUUUGGACUAUCACAGUACACUACAUGGCGCUACAGUUGAACAAAGUGAGACUCUGAUCAACUCAGUUUGUGUCAGGGAACUGUAAACAUUAAUUUGUCCGGUUCUUCUGGAGGUCGGCUUGGACUUGGAGAGGCGCUAAGAAGUCAAACGUCACGUGGACUCUUCCUUGGACAACCAGUGCAACUCUUUGGGAAACUUUCCCAAUCAAAAGGCCCUUGAAAUGGACUAGAGAUGUGCAGACUCCUGUUAAGUCAUCUCUACAUUUGGUUUAAAAACAUAUGAAUGGAAAAAAUAUAUGCCGGUGGUUUUAGUCAAGAUAAACACAAAUAUUUUAUGCUGAGUUCAGGGAACAGUACAGAAAUUUCAAUUUGGAUUCAUGUUGCCUAUUUGCCUUUAAGGUCUUUCAGGGGUAUUUACUGUGAGUAUGUGUCUGGAUAUAAUAUAUACACAUGUACCUCAGUAUACUCCUAUAGUUGAAAACAUCUCAUGCUGUAUUUUUAAACUGUAUUUAUGUCUGUAAAUAUGUACAUAAUGUGUGAGUAAAUGAAAUUUGCAUUGUGCAAUCAUUGGAUGGUGUUGCUGGUGGCAACUGGAAGUCUCUAGCUCCUCAAAUACCUCCAGAGAUGAAAAGUAACUCAUUUAGUCAACCAUAAAUUAAAUCCAAAUAUUAGCCUCUACUACAGUGGUUCUCAGCCUGGGGUCCCCAGAUGUUUAUGGCCUUCAACUCCCAGAAAUCCUAACAGCUGGUAAACUGGCUGGAGUUUCUGGGAGUUGUAGGCCAAAAACAUCUGGGGACUCCAGGUUGAGAACCACUGCUCUACUGGAUCAAUUGACUUGAUAUAAAUGUUGACUCUAGUUGGGAUUAGCAAUUGGAUUUAGGUAUCCUCCUUACAUAAAGUUUUAUUUUCUGUUAUCAGAUAAACUUUAUGCCCUAUUUUGACCACAAGGUGUAAAAAUGUCUUGUUUAAAGACUCAUGGGGUUAUUACAACCACCUAAUAUAACUUCUUUCAAGUUAGGAUUUCAAAAAUUCUACCAUUCUGAUUUUUGUAAUAAUUUGUUUGACUGAACCAAAUUUCAACUUCUGUGUAUUUUGGAGUGUAGGUUAGUCACCAGUUUUGACAGAGAGAGAGAUCGUGAUCUUUCUCUUACUCUUGUUCCCCCUCUCAAGCAUAUGCCCUUGUCUUUGGAGUUAUUUCUGGCUCCUUGUGUGCCAAAAUCCAGCUUUUGAGGUGCCUGAACCAGUUGGGGCUUCCUUGUUUCUCUGGUUUUAAAGGAGAUAAAUAUAAAUGCCCCAUGUUCAUCUUUUCCUAGUCAUCUGAAGUGCCUUGGAUUAUGCAGAUACCAAAUUUCAGAGCUGUAGCUCAUCAGGAAGUUACUUCCAUGAUCUAUGCAUGAGAUCCAAACUUUGUUACAUUUUUACUCUAUGUAAAGUGCGGUUUAGUACCAACAUAUAGUCUGCUGGGUGAAAUUAUGACUGAUUCAUACUUUGCACCCAAAACUCAUUACAUUUGCUGCAUAACUGAAAUUCACACCAGCAUUCAGGCCAGGAUUCACCUUUACUUUGACUGUACACUUUGAAGUAUCUGCGAUAGUAAAGCUAUAUCUGCUCUCUGGUGUGAAUCAGUCUUUAGAAUGCCAAUACUUUGGCAUCAUUCAAACUACCAGCUACUUUAAUAACAUCACUAGUAAUGACAUUUUUUUUCCUUUACAGUUUGACCCAUAGUGCAAAAAAAGUUCCGAUAAAUGGAUCUUUUUGUGACAAUCCAAAUUGCAGGCACUAGGAGCAAGAUCUCAAUCAGAAUUACUGGGGGAGGGGUCAUCCUUCCCUAACUCAAACACAGUAUCAUCAAAGUCUAGGUUAGUUUCCCCAUCUUAAAGGAAAGGGAGAUAUGGCUUGCUACAGAUGUCUUUGAAGUAGUAUUCUGCUUGACCUUAUGGUACUGCUUUAAUAGGUUCUAUUUGAAUACCGUGUCUGCUUUUAAAAUAACUGGCCUCUCUCUCUCUCCCCCCCCCCCCCCAAACAAUUUAGAAUGUACAUAUCUACAUUUGUGCUGAGAUACUUAGACUUCAAAAAUAAAUGCAUUUUAAUGGUUUGUAUGCAUUUUUCCCCUUUUCAAUUAACUUUGCAUUUGGUUACUGGAGAAUAAUUUUUGGAGAUAUUUGAAUAAGGUAUAAAUAAAGCAAUAUAAAUGAA